AUGUCUUCUUCAAUCGACCUUAGCAACCCUGGCCGCAGUAUCCACGUCGGCGUUAUUCUCUUGAACUCUGUGACUGAGCUCCUCGACCUUGCGCCAGUGGGCUUCUUUUCCACCAUUAGCUACAACUUCCUGAAGAAUUUACCUCCCCUCCUGGUUUCUGACGAUGUAAAGGCUAAGGCUCUGGAUAUUCAAUUUCACUGGGUGACAGAGAAUGGCCAAAGUCUUGCCCAUCUCACUGGCAACCUCCAUGUCUCUCCCACGGACUCUUUUGCAACUUGCCCACCAUUGGACAUUGUCGUCCUCGGUGCCAACCAAGUUGGGUAUCAGGCAAGCGAUAUCGAGAAAGAAUUCCUUCGCAAGUGCCAUGCUGAAUGCACCGCAUUUCUCUGUAUAUGUGGCGGGUUCGAGCCUGCUCUCUAUGCUGGGCUUCUUGAGGGGGCUUGGCCGGAUAGAGAUGUCGACUACGCGGAUGUGGUCCCCAUGGCGUAG